UUAGAAUGGUACCCCCACCUCCCACAAACAAGCCCCACGUGUGCCUGUCCACCAUCCUUAUUAUGAGCAGCAUGGCAUUGAUUGAUGCCUACCUGGUGGAGCAGAACCACGGACCACGUAAGAUUGGCAUCUGCAUCAUGGUGAUGGUGGGAGACAUCUGCUUCCUAAUCGUCUUGCGUUAUGUAGCAGUGUGGGUGGGUGCUGAGGUGCGCACAGCUAAGCGAGGCUACGCCAUGAUCCUCUGGUUCCUUUACAUCUUUGUACUGGAGAUCAAGGUCUACUUUGUGUAUCAAAACUACAAGGCAGACAGGAAGAGCCUGGAUGCUCUGGCAAGGAAGGCGCUCACACUGCUGCUGUCCAUCUGCAUUCCAGUGUUGUUUGUGGUGCUGGUUGCUAUUGACCAUAUGGAAUAUGUACGCGCCUUCAAGAAGCGUGAGGAGAUCCGUAACCGCCUCUUCUGGGUGGUGGUGGACUUGCUGGACAUACUGGACAUCCAAGCCAACCUGUGGGAGCCUCAGAAGAAGGGGCUCCCUCUGUGGGCAGAGGGUUUGAUGUUCUUCUACUGUUACAUCCUUCUGCUGGUGCUGCCUUGUGUAUCACUGAGUGAGAUCAGCAUGCAGGGCAUCAAUAUUGUGCCCCACAAGAUGCUCCUGUACCCCAUCCUCAGCCUGGUGACUAUCAACAUCAUCACACUCUUCAUCCGUGGGGGGAACAUGAUUCUGUACAGGGACGCCAGGGUAUCCGGGAUCCUGAUAGGAAAAAACAUCUUGGCCAUCAUCCUAAAAACUUGCAGCUUUGUGCAGUACAGGAGACAGCUGCAAAAUGCUCCUCCUGCCUUUGGGGUUGAGCUGCAGAAAAACUCGGUGGCCCAUGUUCGCCCUGCCCCCACCCCUCCUCAAGUGGUCAUGCAAGACCAGACGCCCCUCCCCGAGGUGACGACGUGCGAACACACAUGACAGAACGGUGAGGUGAAUCCUGGAAAUGUUGAUAUGAAUAUAUACGACCCUCAGGACGCUGGCAGGGCACAAUGUUCCACAACCUUGUAGGGCAUGUGGACACACAGGGGAUCAUGAUCUUCACUGAUGAUUUAUGGCACACAGGACACUGCAGACAGGCAAGGAUAGAGCAGUGCUGUAUCCAGAGCUGUCAUGGUGCAAAAUACGGCAGAAGUUGUGACUUUGUUAAAGCAUUUCCCUGAGUGAGUUCAGUUAACUGUGUAUUUUUUUUCUAAUUGUACAAAAGAAAAAAGGCAACUACUGCGAGAUUAGAGGCUAUAUUUUUGAACGGUGUGUUGCAUUCUAAUCUUAAACUUAUGAGGUCUGUGUGCUGUGGUGUUCUGUUGCUCAAACGUUCUUAGUAGAAGAGGGUUUUCACGUGAAGUCAAAAGGAGUGACCAAUGAACAAGUCAAAAUAAUGAGAAUGAAAAUAAUUGUUAAAGCAUUGUCUUGAAAGAAGUGUGUUUUUAUAUGUGAUUCUUUGAUAAAGUAUUGUGUACAAGAUAAAUGCUUUCCUGCUCUUUCACUGACUGUAGAGGACUUUUUCUUGAAAAC